AUGUUCCGUCCGAGGUUACGGGCGCCGGCCGCGCUCGGCGGUAACAUCACCAUCAGCAGCAGCUCCGGAGCAUCCAUGUUGGCGCGGCGGCCGGCACAGAGCGCGCUGGCGCCAUUAGCACAGGCCCGCCGCAGCAUACACCACCUGCCCGUGUCGCGCCACGAUGCCCGUGUUGGUGUGCCCAACCUGCUGUCCGCCGAGGGCUUCGACCUGGCCUGGACGCAGCACAUGACCCUGAUGCUCAACCGCCUGAACCAGCUGACCGCAGGCACCACAUACGAGGACCGCGAGCUCAAGAGCAUCAUCAUCCGGACGGCCGGCAACCAGAGCAGCGCGGCCAUCUUCAACUACGCCAGCAUGGCCCACAACACCGACUUCUUCUUCAAGCACAUCAUCCCCGCGUCCGCAUCGCCGGCCGAGGCCGCGGCCGCACGCGAGAUCCCCGCGACGCUGCGCCUGGCCAUCGAGGACAACUUUGGCAGCGUCGAGACGCUGCGCCGCGAGUUUCUGGCCAUUGCCCAGGGCAUGUUCGGCCCCGGCUUCAUCUGGCUCGUCAAGGCCAACGGCCUCAACCAGAUGGGCCGCGGCGGCGACAGCCUGCGCCUGCUGAACACGUACCACGCCGGCUCGCCGUACCCGGGCGCGCACUACCGCCGGCAGAUGACGGACAUGAACACCGUGGGCGCCGAGGUGGCCGAGAACGAAGACGACCCGGCCGAGAACUGGCUCAAGCGGCAGGCGGUCGCCGCCGACCCGAGCCUGUGGAAGCAGCCCGACCGGCGCCCGCCGGGCGGCGUUGAGGCCAUCCCGCUGCUCUGCGUGAGCACGUGGGAGCACGUGUGGCUGCGCGACUACGGGCUGGGCGCGGACGGCUACGGCGGCAAGGCGGCGUUUGUCGAGGCCUGGUGGAACGCGAUUGACUGGGAGGCCGUGGCGAGCCUGGCCAACCUGAACCGGCCGAAGCUCAAGACAUAG